CUGCUUUUAAACUCUGCGUUUCUGAAAAACAUCCUUUUCUUUCACAGCAAAUCAUGGAAUGCGGUGCCGCUGCGGCGGAGGACGACGACGCUGCCACGCUGCUGGAGGCGGCCCAAGCUCUCGCGGGGAUGGGCCAGCACCCGCUGCUUAUUUCUCAGGAGCAACAAGCAUCAACUGAUUUUGCACCAAGCCCUCAAAAAAUCACUCAUCAAUCCAAUCCUCUCAUGAUGAAGUUCAGGCGGAAACUCACGGAGGCCGAGAAAGAGGAAAGGAAGCUUCGCCAUAUAAUGGCGAAUAGAGAGUCUGCUAGACAGACAAUUCGACGCAGACAGGCCAUGCAUUUGGAGUUAACCAAGAAAGCAGCCGAUGUGUUGGAAGAGAACGAGAACUUGAAGAAGCAUAAGGAGCUGAUGGUGGAGGAUUUCAAUUCUUUAAGAGAAAGAAAUGAAUUUCUGAAAGCACGGUUAGCUGAAGCUCAGAAGGUUGUAGCAGGAGAUACAAAAGAAGAACCAGAUUCGUCCGAGGCAGAGAAAACUUGUUCUGCUGCCACUGCAACGACUCCCAUCUUUCAUCAGAACCAGCCACCCUCUCUAGCCCCUUGUUUUUGGCCCUUUGCCGUCCCAUCUUCAGAUGUGUUCCCCUUCCAAUGUGUGUCUCAUCCUCAUCUGCUGCAACUCCCGAGGCCACCGGGGGAUACACCAUGUCUGCACUCCACGGUAACACCCUUGUUUAUAGUCCCCGUCCCUUGGUUGCUCCCGUUAGUCGCUCAAAGCAGCACAGGCGGAAACAUGGGGGCAGAGGCUUAUAACCCCAUGCAAAAUGUGAGUGCAGAUAGUGAUCCCAGAGCACACCAACCCCCUGCUGCCAUCGUCGUGCCCGGGCUGUUCAGCCCUGUGCGACGCCUUGAGAAUCUCGACCCUCCUAGGACUUGCCAGACAGGCGACAUUGCUGAUCUCAAAACCGUUUCUGGACACGAAACUGUGGGAGACGGUUUGUUUCGGGGAAAGCCCGAGGAUAUGGUUGUCGCAACAGAGGCGCGUAGGAGGAGGAAGGAGCUCAUGAGACUGAAGAAUAUAAAUUGCAAGUAAUGCGUUUGCAAAACUUUGUAUGUACAUUUAGCUUAGACAAGGAUUUUGGAGUGGUGGAAAUAAACUAUGAUGUACGAGAAAAAAUUCCCCUAAUUGUUGGUUUGUUAGUUUUAAGCCUUUGAUUGAAUCUAA